AGUGAAGCAUAAACAUUUCUUUUUUUCCAAUUUUCUCUCGGAAAAGAUCAUCAUGGGCAACUUUUUGAGCAGUUCAUCUCCAUUUCAUGGUGGUGGAACAAAGAGGAAGAGACCCCUGGAAGAUUCAGAUUCUGAAGAAAGGGAGUCUGAUGACCAAAAUACUGACAUUGUAAACAUUGAUUUGCACACACCAAAAAGGAAGAAGAUGAAAUCCACCUCCAAAUACAUUUAUGAGACGUUGUUUGUGAAUGGAGAAAACAGUGACAUCACAAUCGUUGCGUUAGGACGGGAGUGGAAGCUUCAUAAAGUCUAUGUCUGCCAGUCUGGCUAUUUCUCGAGUAUGUUCAAUGGCGGUUGGAAGGAAUCGAACCAGAAAGUGAUCCGCAUGGAAAUCCCCGACCAGAAUAUCGAUGAAGAGGCUCUCAACGUGGCGUUUGGUUCCUUGUACCGUGAUGAUGUCUAUAUUAAACCGGCUAGAGUGAUCAGUAUACUAGCCGCAGCAUCUUUGUUACAUUUGGAGGGGCUGAUUCAGCAAUGUGCUGACACAAUGAAAGAGACAAUCAGUUCCAAGACCGUCUGCUCCUACUGUGAUGCAUCCUACAUGUACGGUCUACUCCAGGUGACCAAGAAAUGCAAGGAAUGGUUGGAGAAGAACCUCAUGACAUCACAGAAUGCUACUCUGCUGAGAGAAAUCAGUUACGACUUGAUGUUUGAGUUAGUAUCGUCUCCGGAUUUAUUUGUGAUGCAAGUUGAGAUGGACAUCUACACAAUGUUAAAGAAGUGGGUGUUCCUGAGGUUGUCCCCAAACUGGCAUGGAUCCUCUAAACAACUUGUGAAUGCAGCUGAUGAUUUUUUUAAGAAGGAAGAAAACAGAGCGCUAUUGAGGUCCACACGGGGUAAGCCGUUGCUUGAGAUAUUCCGUGGCAUCCGACUGUGGCAUGUUAUCAAUGAUAUCACAUCUGCCAAUCUACUCCAAGCAGAAGGUAUCAUACCCGAAGCGUGGCUUUUCCCUCUUUUCAAGCAGCAAUGGCAUCAAAUGCUGGCAGUAGAACAAGGAAUUGACAAAGGACCGGAUGAAUCAGUGAGCCAUGAUGUAUUCUACCGCGAAACAUUGAGAUGUGGUCGAGUGUUGCCAAAGGAAGGCGAAUAUUGUUGGCGGUGGACAGGAUUUAACUACGGGAUUGACCUUCUGGUCACAUUCGCGAACAAGCUGCUUCUAUUCAAAAGAAAUACUCACAGUCAGUCAUACUCCAUGUCUCUCAGCCUUCAACAGACAAGGAACAUCAUGUUCAGAGUUAGUGUUGCCUCCUUUGAUCUGUUUGGCCAACCCACCUACCUCAAAUCGAGUGGAAUCAUGAGGCUCUCUCUUGGCAAGGAUGAGGAAGCUGUCAUUAUGGCCGUUGACCGCCAUGUCACGUUCCCACUCCACGUCAGUGUCAACAUUCUGUACUUCACCCCAAACUCGGAAUUCAAGGAACUUCCAGAACCAGACAUCAUCUCACAAGCCCACCCGGAGUCGACGAACAAUAACCCAAAAAUCCGCCCGAGGCCACUGAAAAAGAAAUGUCGACGGAAACUAGACGCAGGUGCUUCGACGAGUGGUAGUUCAGCAUCUUCUAGUGAUGCCGGGGAUACAUUGCCAUCUACGAGUGCUUCAACGUCAAACUUGAGGAGAGAGAGGUUGGGAGAUAGUGACUCUUUUAACAACAAGAAUGACAAUGACACAUCGAAUGAUGAUACUGUCAAUGUAGCUGAUGACAAUGAUGAAAAUGUUUUGCCGUUAGAAGUACCUGAUCCGGAGAGGAUUGUGUGAUUCUUAGUUGAAUGUGUUCAGACUUCUAAGGCUGGCCCCCCAGUCUGGUCACUAGACCUGUGGAUAUUAAGUUCUGGGGAAAUGCAGAUAUCGUUAGCAUUGGUUAAUUAAUUGUAAAAACCUAUGUGUUUGGUGCUUGAGCUACUGCAAACAGUGUGCAUUACGUUUUAACUCUUGAAAUUGGGGAUACUUGUAAAUAAUUUUGAAUUAAUUUACUGUGAUGUUUUUCAAGAAAAUAAUAGAUGACAUAGCAUCUGUAUUGUACAUAUGCAUGUUCCUGUAAACCCCUUGAUUUUCAAGGCCCUAAAUGUUAGCAAAAACAUCCUUUUUUGGGCCUCGAAAGUUUGCAAUUUGCGUCCCUCUUGCAAAAAAUUUAGGCUCGCAAAAAUAAAGAGGUUUACAUUGUACAGUGCUAAAGGAAGUAAUAUAAUCUGUAAGCUUGCUAAUCUACAUUUGGCCAUAUUUCUUUGUCCUUCUGUUCAUCUAUAGAUGUAUAUUUUUCAUGGUAACUCUGGUGUAAAACAUUUUAACAUUGGGAAUUUAUCAACAGGACAAAGGUUCAUGAUGUGACAUUGUAUUACCGUCCCUGAUAGAAAGGAUCUUUUUUGGUGAAGACUUAUUUCACAAAACCACAGAUGCUUUUUUGAUAAAAAUCAG